AUGAGACCACGACCUGACGUCAUGAGACCUCGACCUGACGUCAUGAGACCACGGCCUGACGUCAUGAGAUCCCGACCUGACAUCGUGAGACCACGACCUGACAUCGUGAGACCACAACCUGACGUCUUGAGACCACGACCUGACGUCAUGAGACCACGACCUGACGUCUUGAGACCACGACCUGACGUCAUGAGACCACGACCUGACGUCUUGAGACCACGACCUGACGUCAUGAGACCACGACCUGACGUCUUGAGACCACGACCUGACGUCAUGAGACCACGACCUGACGUCUUGAGACCACGACCUGACGUCAUGAGACCACGACCUGACGUCUUGAGACCACGACCUGACGUCAUGAGACCACCACCUGAUGUCAUGAGACCACGACCUGACAUUGUGAGACCACAACCUGACGUCAUGAGACCACCACCUGACAUCUUGAGACCACGACCUGACGUCUUGAGACCACCACCUGACGUUAUGAGACCACCACCUGACGUCUUGAGACCACGACCUGACGUUAUGAGACCACCACCUGACGUCUUGAGACCACGACCUGACGUUGUUAGACCACGACCUGACAUCAUGAGACCACGACCUGACAUUGUGAGACCACAACCUGACGUCUUGAGACCACGACCUGACGUUGUUAGACCACGACCUGACAUCAUGAGACCACGACCUGACAUUGUGAGACCACAACCUGACGUCAUGAGACCACCACCUGACGUCAUGAGACCACCACCUGACGUCAUGAGACCACAACCUGACGUCCUGAGACCACAACCUGACGUCUUGAGACCACGACCUGACGUUGUUAGACCACUACCUGACGUCUUGAGACCACGACCUGACGUUAUGAGACCACCACCUGACGUCUUGAGACCACCACCUGACAUCGUGAGACCACAACCUGACGUCUUGAGACCACGACCUGACGUUGUUAGACCACGACCUGACGUCUUGAGACCACGACCUGACGUCUUGAGACCACCACCUGACGUCUUGAGACCACCACUUGACAUCGUGAGACCACAACCUGACGUCUUGAGACCACGACCUGACGUCUUGAGACCACCACUUGACAUCGUGAGACCACAACCUGACGUCAUGAGACCACGACCUGACGUUGUGAGACCACGACCUGACAUCAUGAGACCACAACCUGACAUUGUGAGACCACGACCUGACGUCAUGAGACCACCACCUGACGUUGUUAGACCACGACCUGACAUCAUGAGACCACAACCUGACAUUGUGAGACCACGACCUGACGUCAUGAGACCACCACCUGACGUUGUUAGACCACGACCUGACGUCUUGAAACCACGACCUGACAUUAUAAGACCACCACCUGAUGUUUUGAGAACAUGA